AUGCAGAAAAAAGAUAACAUUGAUAUGAAUAAUGUUGGUUCUAAUCUGGAGCACUAUACUCAGGGAGUAGGGGAAAAAGACAGCGCAGAUGAAAAGCACUUUGUGCCUGUCCAUCCAAAUGAAAGUUCAUUGGUUUCAUCUCCGGUGAUGAAAAGUAAAUUAUCCAUGGGUUCAGAGCCAAAGAAGAAUGCUAACAAAUUGAUUCUUAAAGUAUAUAAGACUUUGGGAAGUGCCAUAUCACAUAUUAAACUCUUUUGUGCGCAUGAAACUAUAAACAAUCUCACUCUUUACUACCAGUCUCGCAUCCAGAGUAAAAUUUUGAAGAGGAAAUUUCUUUCCAGUUCUUUAGUAUCAAAAAGAAUGGAUGAAAAUUUUUAUGCCACUUGUAGAAGGGAAUGUAGUAUUUGCUUGUAUUAUUUACACUUGUCUGCUGUAGGGUGUUCAUGUUCAAAUGACAAGUUUACGUGUCUUGGUCAUGCAAAACAUUUUUGUUCUUGCCCUUGGAGCAACAAAAUUCUCUUAUACCGUUAUAAGAUCAAUGAUUUGAAUGUUCUUUGUCAAGCUUUGGAUGGGAAAUUAAGUGCAGUCUAUAAAUGGGCCAAAGAGUAUCUCGGACUAACACUGACCUCUGUUGCCUCCAAGAGAUCAAAACCACAUCCAGAAAAUGUUAGUUGUUCAACCUUCCCUUUGCAAGACUUGCAUAUGAAAGAACCCUAUAUCCCAGACAUCAUCAAAUGA